AUGGAUCUUUUCGACUACUACUGCAAUAACCUCGACUACCAAUAUCACCUUGUCAUUUCCGAACGCAUCAAGCGGGAUAUUCACACGUUAUAUGAGAAUAUUGCACAGAAUGCACCGGUGGAUCUAAGUGUCCUCGCACUAGUAUUUAGCAUUUCCGCUACAGCUCUCUUCUUUCAGCUUUUAAGCACGGACUCGGCGGAAUGUGCGGAAAGCCGAAGUAGGGAAACAGCGUUUCUGGCGGGGGCGUCGCUGGUUCAAAGCAAUUUUAUGUCCUAUCCGACCGUUACCGGACUACAGGCGUCACUUAUAAUUGGGCACCACCUAUCCGGUCUUCUCUUACAUCCAUGUGUUGCCUCAUUCUUUGUGCUGGGUACCAUGAUCAGUCAAGCAAAGAGCCUUGGGCUUCACAUCUUGGACUGUCCUGGCUCCGAAGAGGAUCGUCAAGUGAAUGGUUGUGAUAUAGGGGAUGUGGAACUGAAGCGGAGACUGUGGUGGGAUCUUGCGACCUAUGACUGGUUUCUUAGUUUCCUCAGUGGACCUCAGGAGUUUACAUACUCCAUCAAUCCCAAACACAUGAAUGUACGACUACCUUUAAAUAUUGAUGAUGAGGACAUAGAAAGCGGCAUACCUGUUUCAUUGUCUAUACCUACAUGCAUGUCAUAUACCCUUGCCCGUCUGCGGUUGGCUGAAGUAUGCCGAGAAAUUGUCGAUGGGACUGCCCUGGAGCAUUUCAAGGGCGAGGAUGUGCCUUACGAAAAGAUUCUUAAUCUAGAACGCAAACUUCAUGAGGAAUACGCGAAGCUCCCUACUUUCUUUCGAUACGACCAAUCCUCACGGCGUGAAUUUUCAGAGCUCUAUAAAGAUCGACCGGUGUUUUCCUGGCAAAGAACCUUCAUUCAGCAAGGAUACCAUGCACGAUUUCUAAGGUUGCACCGCCGGUACUUUGUUCGUGGAGCCAAGGAUCCUCGAUAUUCCUACUCCCAUGUAGUAUCGCUUCAAUCAGCCCGAAAGGUUAUAGAGUUGAAGCGCAUUAUGGACGAGGAACAGCCUGUUAUCACGCCCAAUGGCUCCUUCUUCUGGGCCAUCAUGCAUCAUGUGUUCAUGGCAGCCGUGACCCUACUCAUAAACGUCUGCUUCAACUGGGAUGAUAUCCUUGCUGAGAAACAAAAGGAGGAGGUGCUUGAUGCCUGUCGCAUGCUUAGCCGGGCACAACAGGCUUCUUGCAUCGCACGAGAAGGUAUACGUGCGAUGAUGGGCACGUUGCGUAAACAUUGGAAGCAGCAAAAAAGGCCUAUGUCGGGAACACAGCCAGAGCCACUGGCUAUAGCCCAAAAGCCUUUGGAGAGGAGUGCGGAGGUAGGACGAAUGGCUAGAUUGGUGCCAUUUGAUCAACCUUCUUCACAUUCCGAUGAGGAUACACUUGAUCCCAGAACCGCAGAUCUUAAUAUGGUGCCACUGGAAGACAUCUGGAGCGAAAUGCUUGACGACAGUGCUCAAGUCGGGCUAGAUACUCCAGCAUGGAUAGACUUGUUGAACGAUUUGACACAUACAAGUGUUCCAUAUUGA